AGCGAUUCAUCAAAUGAUGGCUUCAACGCUAAAGUUUUAAUCUUGGAAGAAACACUGAUAGGGUACGUCCACAAUCUAUCACACCCAAGACGCAAUAGAGGGAACACUAUGAAUUACUGCACCUUUGUUCUGCAGACUUCAGCCCAAGAGACACAAGAAGCGCUACUCUAUUCCACGCACAAGAGACCACUAUUACUAGAGAGUCAGAAUAAUCAUACCCCUGUGAAACUGAAGCACUUCACCUACACUGAAGACAGGGACAAAAUCAUCGUCAACGAUAUGACAAACAUUGCCAUCCCUCAACAAUGCGAGUACUCAUUUCAGUACAACGAGUCCACUCUACUCCAGAGUGAACCGAUCACCAUCUUAGACAUCCUAAACACACGCCGAGAAUGGGAUGUAGUUACUGUACGUGGAAAGAUAUUGAAUGUGAAGGAUCAACGUCAAGUGGGAAGUCCUCGCAAGCGACUUAAUUUGAUGGAGGCAGUACUUGGCGACGUCAGUGCUACUAUUCCUCUAGAUCUUUGGGAAUCGCAAAUUGACAAAGUACAACAAGGUAAGUUGAUAAAAGUUUAUAUUUAAUAACCAGUUUCCAAACGUAGUUUCCGUUAUGUGUUUUUCUUAAUUCAAAUAAUUUUUUGUGCGCACAAUAUUUAAGUUCGCCGCUCAAAUAAAUAUUAGGUGUCAAGAACGUAUGCCGUCGAUAUUUGAGGAAUAAUACUUUUACCCCGAUUUUCGUUUGAGUGACUGUCCCUUUAAAAAACUCACACCUGCACGCUUUCAUGUAAAAUUAUUAUCGUAGAGAGCACACAACAUGGACUGACCUGUGACUAUUUCCCUCAUUUUUGUAAUUUGAAUUUUGUUACUUGUAUUAUCCAGUUCUUCUUUUUGCGAACAACUGUAGUACCAAGACGAAACUUUCUUGAGCGACUGUACAUGAAUCAAAGGUAAUUUUAAGUAAGAUUCCUUGACUGCGUCUGCAUCAACGCCUUUUCAACAACUUUUUCUUCUUUUUACAGGGUUGGUGUAUACACUUACCAAUUUACAAGUUAGAGUAUGGUCAGGAAAAAAGAAGCUAUCGACGACGACACGUACAGUUGUUCAUCCAUGUGAUGACCCUGCAUUGUGCCAAAUUCCCAUGAACAGCACAGAUACAGAAACAGAAGAAACGUUGCAGGUCGGUGAUUUACAUUCAGUGCAGAAGAUUGAGAAGCAUUUUAAGUGUAAACACUGCAACAAGAAAAUCCUCCAAGGCACUUGUACAGAUGUUAUCCAAUGUGAACGUUGCAGCUUCAUUAUGAGAACGACCACAUGUGAGAAGAGUGUCACUGCAAAAGUUGUUGUACUUCGUAAUGACCAACAGCUGUCUUUGAAGAUAGAUGACGUUGUACUAACGAAGAUAUUUGGAGAUGUAAUAUCUAUUGAUGACAACACCUUGGCAGAGAAAUUACUCUUUCUUGAGAACUUUGCUGUCACAUAUAACACUGACACUUUACUUGUUUCAGAUAUUAACAUAUAA